AUGGACUGGGAUGCGGGUCGCGUGUCGGCCGUGGGCAUGGAGAGCGCGCAGGCGUCGGACGCGCGCCAGAGCGCGAGCCCCGCGGCGCUGCAGCGGCGUCUGCUGGCCUUCCUGCGCGGCUUCCGCGUGGGCCCGCUCUUCUUCUACCGCGAGCAGCUCCUGGCCAACGCGCGGCGCAACCACUGGUUCGUGACGGUGAACCUCUCGCACGUGGCGGCCUUCGACCAGGAGCUGCAGGACCUGCUGCUCAAGAACCCCAAGGAGCAGCUCCCGCUGCUGGAGAGCGCGGCCAAGGAGAUGCUGGCGCAGCUGCUGGUGGCCAGCCAGAGCGCCGAGGCCGGCGGCGUUGGCGCCGACGCGCUCGCGGCCGACAGCGCGCGCGCGGCCACCAGCAACCUGCCGGACAUCCAGGCCAUCCUGACCAGCGACCAGGCGGCCGUGCCGCUCCGCCACGUGCACGCACAGGAGAUCAACCGCCUCGUCAAGGUGCCGGGCAUCGUCAUCAGCGCCACGCGCGUGCGCACCAAGUGCGUGUCGGCCACGCUGCGGUGCCGCAACUGCGGCCACACCAAGCGCGUGGCCGUGUCGGGCAUGGGCGGCGUCAGCAUCCCGCGCGUGUGCGACCGCAACCGCGAGGAGGACGCCAGCGUGGCGGCCGGAGACCUCUGUCCCAAGGACUCGUACAUGGUGCUGCCCGACAAGGGCGAGUACGUGGACCAGCAGACGCUCAAGCUGCAGGAGAACCCCGAGGUGGUCCCCACGGGUGAAAUGCCGCGCAACUUGGCGCUGAUCGCCGACCGCCACUUGGUGGACCGAGCGUCGCCGGGCACACGCGUGUCUGUGGUGGGGAUCACGUCCGUGGUCAAUGCUGGAGGCAAGAGCGUCGGCGCUGUGGCCAUCCGCACGCUGUAUCUGCGCGUGGUGGGCAUUGAGAUUGAUGAAGAAGGAGCGGGACGAGCCAAGGCGACCUUCUCCCCGGCGGAGGAGGAGAAGUUCCACGAGAUGGCGAGACACCCGGAGCUGUACGAGAAGCUCGCGACGAGCAUUGCGCCGUCGAUCUACGGUGACUACACUGUGAACAUCAAGAAGGCUAUUGCCUGCUUACUGGCCGGAGGAUCGAGGAAGAGGCUACCCGAUGGCAUGAUCUUGCGUGGUGACAUUAACGUGCUGCUGCUGGGAGACCCCAGUACGGCCAAGUCGCAGUUCUUGAAGUUUACGGAGAAGAUUGCCCCCGUGGGUGUCUACACGUCGGGUAAAGGCAGUAGUGCUGCAGGUCUGACGGCGUCGGUGAUCCGUGACUCCAAGGGCGAGUUCUAUCUGGAAGGAGGUGCUAUGGUGCUGGCUGAUGGUGGCGUGGUGUGCAUCGAUGAGUUCGACAAGAUGCGCGAGUCCGAUCGUGUGGCUAUCCACGAAGCCAUGGAGCAGCAGACGAUUUCUAUCGCGAAGGCUGGUAUCACUACCAUUCUGAACUCGCGUGCAAGCGUACUGGCGGCUGCUAACCCUGUGUUCGGUCGCUACGAUGAUAUGCGCUCUGCCUCGGAGAAUAUCGACCUCAUGAGCACGAUUCUGAGUCGUUUCGAUAUGAUUUUCAUCGUGCGCGAUAUCCAGGACGACGCGCGAGACAGGAAGAUGGCAGCUCACGUCGUGCGGAUGCACACCAACGCGCUCGCGUCGGCGGCGGGAAAGCCCUCGGCCAGUGAAAGUGCGUCCAGUGGUGGAGAGUUCGAGCCGUGGCUGCUGAAAAAGUUCGUCUCGUACUGCCGCACGCGCUGUGCACCACGGUUGUCGGUUGGAGCAGCACAGGCGCUGCAGGACUUCUACGUUGGCGUACGUGACGAUGUGCGUCGUACCCAAGGAGGCGAAACCACGAUUCCGGUUACAGUGCGUCAGCUCGAAGCCCUUGUGCGUAUCUCGGAGUCUCUCGCGAAGAUGCGUCUACUCAAUGAGGCCACGCGCGAGCACGUGCAGGAGGCGAUCCGGUUGUUCAGUGUGAGUACGAUGAACGCCGCCAAGGACGGCGGCACCCAAGGACUAUUCGGCGGGUUCCACGAGAAGGCACAGGAGGUGGAGCAGAGUAUCAACCGCACUCUGCGUAUUGGCACGCGCGUGGAGACCAGUGCGCUGUACAGUCGACUCGAGGCCCAGGGCUACAACCCCAACGCUAUCCAACGCGCGAUCCGAGCUAUGGUGCAGAAGGGCUCACUUCAACAGCUCAGCCAAUACAAGUUUGUAUCCCGCAUCAAGUAA